AUGCACGCCAAAUUCCUCCUCCCCCUCGUGGCCGCCCAGGUGGUCUGGGCCCAGACCCUCACCGAGGUGCUCGUCUCCAAGAAUGACACCCUCUCGACACUCAUCAGCCUCGUCCGGGGGCAGCCAGACCUGCUCGGCGCCCUAGCCGGCGCCUCCAACAUCACCGUCCUCGCGCCCUCCAACGAGGCUUUCAACAAGCUCCUCGCCGACCCCGCCGUCGCCGCGGCCGUGCAGUCGACCCCGGGCCUCGUCCCGGCCCUGCUAAGCUACCACGUCCUCAACGGCACCUUUUACGCCUCGGCCCUCGCCGGCCUGGCCGCCCCGGCCUUUGUCCCGACCUACCUCGCCGGCAACGCCGAGUACUCGACCGUUUCGGGCGGCCAGGUCGUCGCCGUCAAGGGCGACAACAACGGCGGCGGCGUCACCGUCCUCUCGGGCGGCGGCGCCUCGGCCAGGGUCACGGGCGCCGACCUCAACUUCACCGGCGGCACCGUCCACAUCAUCGACAGCGUGCUCUCUAUCCCGCCCAACCUCACGACUGCCCUGACACAGGCCAAGCUGAUCUCCCUCGCCACGGCGGCGACCAAGGCCAACCUGGUGACGCCGCUCUCCGACGCCCGCGAGCUGACCCUCUUCGCCCCCAACGACGAGGCUUUCGCCGCCGUGGCCGGCGUGGCCGCGAGUCUAACCAUCGAGCAGCUGGCGGGCGUGCUGGGCUACCACGUCGUCAACGGGUCGGCCGUCUGCAGCAGCGCCGUCGCCAACGGGACCAUGGCCAAGACGGCGCAGGGGUCCGACGUGACGCUGACGGUGCGGGACGGCAGCGUCUUUGUGAACCAGGCAAAGGUCGUCAAGGCCGAUGUGCUGGUCAAGAACGGCGUGGUGCACGUCAUUGAUGGCGUCCUGAUUCCGGAUGCCAUGUCCGGCAGCAAGCCGGACCCUUCGACUACUCGCGCCACUGGCGCGUCCCCUGCGACGGGAACGGCCUCAGUGGUGCCGGGUAUGACUACUAAUCUUGGCAAGGGGGUAGCUGGAACCGCCGUGCUCCUGGGUGGCGUUGCUGCCUUGAUGAACAUGUAA